GUCGCCGUUGGCUGUUCGGGUAGUGACGUUGCCGGGGCAGGCAGCGCCUAUUGGCUGGCGGCUCGGUGACAUCAUAGGAGUGAGCGGUCAUUCGCCAAAAGCAGGGGUGAUGUCAUGCGGCUGGAAAGCGAGCUACCCGGUUACUAGCCAAGGAUCCGUGACGUCAUAGCCAGACCAAAAAGUGGAGGAGGAUUCAGCAAGGCUCCAUUGAUGGAGGCUCGGGCAGGCGAGGACAGUUGACGAGGGAGCGCUGCUGAGUGUGUGCCGCGCUGCCAGUGCGUCCCUGUCAGACCAGAGAACGUGACGCGACCAGGGAUAUACGCGAGAUACGAGACGGGAUAGUGAAUGUCAGCCCCAGAGAUCUUAUCGAAACAACCAGUGUUAAGUUGAAAGGGUGCAGUGAAUCAUAAUCUCCUUCAGUGCAUUGAUUUAGUUGUUAAAAGUUCGUUCAGCCGCAAAAAGUGAAGUAUUCCGAACAUGAGAGUGCCAGGCCAGUGAUCCACCGGCCGCAAUCCAUCUCGAGAAGGAACCCGAAGCAUCGGUGAAUGCAGUGCGCAGAGACCCGGGCCUGGGAGGUGCAGGGAGUGCUGGCCCACGGUGAGCAGGCCAGGAUAGCGGGUCGUAGUGUCCGAGCAGGCAGCAUCGGCCCUACCUCACAGGUGUUCGAGUGUAGGAUGUGCCAAGGCAGCCACGAGUGCUCGGGGCGGUGCGCAGAGUGCAGCACGAGCGCAACCUCCUUCAGAAAUAGCAUCGCGAUGGGCGGCGUGAGAGGAGGUUCCACCCUGAACGAGGUAGGCGUUGCGAGACACCUUCCCCACCACGCCUCCACGCCACACCUGUUCGUGUACCAGGCCGCCGACGACGAAGACGAGGUGGACUACGCCCCCAAGGACUGCAAGGAGCCCAUCUACUCCUCCGCUAUUGACAUCCGGAAGACCACCGCAUCGAAGGAGGCGGAGGCAGUGCGUCGCAUCACGGAAAAGUACGACUCGCUCCGCGCCCUGACGGACCGACGGGACGAUGUGGACGACCCGCUGGCCGUCACGGACGAGGACGUGGCGCGAAUCGAGACAUUCUUCCGUGGCCAUAAGACGCAGCUCUGGGUUUGUCGCACACUGGCCAACCUCUACUGUGAAAGUGGGGCUGGAGCUUCGCAUGGCACGUGGGAGCUGAAGUACACGGGCGUACCCAUUCUGCUGCUGGACCAGGGAGACACACGUUCCCGCGACAAGCGCCUCCUGCAGCUCAUCCUGGCGGAGAAGGGAACGGGCUUCGCCCUGUGGAAGGACGUAGUGGACAACCUCACCUCGUACAGGGCCCAAGAGCCCCAGUUCCAUACCCUCUACUUGUCGUCGGACCACCGCCGGCGGAUGGGACUCUCCUUCAACGACGGUCGCGCCGCCUGCGAGUUCCACAGCCACAUCGAGCGCCUGACGGCCGACCCCGCCAACAUUUCGCUCUCAGGGCCCGGUAAGAAGAAGAACAAGCCCAAGGAGAAGGUGUCUAAGUACAGAGCUCCCAAGAAGACCGACAUCUCUUCGCCUUGCAACUUCCAGCACGUGACCACGGUGGACGCCUGCGACAAGACGCGGUUUUUCUCUCUGCAGGCGUUCUCCAAGGUGAAAAACCCGCCCCCUUUGCAGCCACACACGGUGGUGGAGCGGCCUGUAGAGGCGACGACUGCCAAAGUGUAGAGGGCGGGAAGUGCAGCCAUACUCGCCCGAAAUUCCCUUCAGAUGUAUAUGAAUCUAUUUAAUCUUCCUUUUGUCGUAGUGAUAAGGGACCUUGUGAAUAAGGUCAGUGAAAAGGCGUGAACUCAGAAAGAGUGCUCGGAAGCAACGCCUGUAUGCUUAAACGUGCCAACAUAAUAGAUUCUCUCGAACUUGUUGAUAUGCUUGAUUGACAUUCAAAGAUACUGCAUAGGACUCGGGUACAAGAGCAGAAGACAAGGGAGAAUCCAAGUGAUAAAAUGUUCUCUUAUGAAAACGGAACUAGAAUUAAAGAGACCAUAUGAUGGGUCCUCUGUGCCUUUUUUCUUGACAAAAUAUAUUCUAUAAGUGUUCACGGUGAUUCUCCCGAGGACAUUGGGAUGGUAUGCUGAAUUGUCAUGCAAUAUGUGAUUUUUUCCAUGGGUAACGGAAUACCCAGGUGACCUAGUGACAUGGUGCUGUUGGCGACUGUUAAGAGACGGUAAUAACAGUUUAUUUUUUUUUAUCUCAGUGGGACCUAGAUUUUGGUUAAACAAACAGUAACAUUAGUGGAAUGCGAGUUAUUUGCCACUCAUUUGAAAAAAGCUGCAUAUAUCAUUAAUGUAUUAUACGAGAAAGAAAUGGACUUACAAGAAAAGUGUACAGAAUGGGGUGGAAAGACAAAAACAUGUUUUGUUCUCAUUUAUGCGGCAGAAGACAUGCGCGUCCUCAAAGCAACUUUGCAUGUACGAGCAUAUGGGAUUAACACGGAGAAAUUGACUUGACUUUCUAUGUAUUAGUUAAUGUCACGUACGGAAAUAUAAAGUAGAGAGAUUGUAUGCAUACUGCAAUGCAGUAAACUAGAUGAAUGUACAGCGAGGAGAUUCUGAUAAAAAAAAAUAAUUGUAGGUCUAUAUAACAUUGGGUAUCCAAUGUACAGGCUUAAAGCCUCUCUAUGAAUGGUUACGGGAAAUUAGCCUUAUAGAAACGAUAUAGGGCUCUUAUUUUCCGUGUAGUGCUGUAAUAUUGCUGAAGUGUGUGCAAAAAAAAUGUGUCAUCCAUAAGUUUUUAGAGAAAACGAGCCUUAGAGGCAGAAUGUAAUGUGAUUUUGUCAUCUAUGUAUAUAGGCCUUACGGAUAAACAAUUUACCUUGUAAACAAGAAGCAAGCAUUAGAUGCCUCAUAUGCAUAGUAUACUGGUAACUUGAAGUGUUACAGCCAUACUUGAUUUUGUUCAACUGGGUAUGUAACCAACUGUGCUGAAUAACGGGUCGACAUAUGUGAGCUUUUAUUAUGACAGAAUUGUUAUAUAGCCUUUUUCUGAAAGAUCAUGCUCUUCAAGGGCUUCCAAAGGUUCGGUCGAGAUAUAAAAAAAACAGUUUAAAGUAAGAAACCAUUAGUCUGUUGCAUAGUUAAGCCUCCAUUGUGAUGGCAGCAUUUAAAAGCACCAAAUAAGGGAUCUUGUUUCGGUUAUUCCGGAUUCCGACAUGCACUUCGUAAUGUCUAAACUCUAAGGAAUCUGUGAUGAAAAAUUCACACUAUUGAAUUUUUAUUUGUUUUUCUUUUUUCAUCUACUCAAACAUCUACACCAGUUUUAAACGUAAGAAUGACAUCCUUUAAUCAAACGUCCACGCUAUUCACAAGAAUAGGAAAAGCAUCAUCCCCAAGAAUUCCACUUGAGAGCGUGGGAUGGGCGUCAUGCCGGCGGCACCAAGGUCAGGGUGAAUGAGGCAGGGGCCAGGCGUGGCUGGCACCUGUCCAGUAAGGAUAAGAGCCUGACAGCUCACCUGGGUAUUCCUUUCCAGAUAAGAUUCUUCCACUUUUCGGAGCAUUGAAUUGCCUUUAAGGAGGGCGCAACGGAAGUCGGCCGACGUUAGUAUAUUGGAUACUUGUAACUGUUAUUAUACACAUUAAAACCAAAAUGGAUUUAGACAUGUGCUUGUGUAUGUGUGAAUACAUACACACACACACACACACACACACACACACACACACACACACACACACACACACACACA